AUGAAAAUCUGUUGCCUACACUCAUCAGACGAAGGGAUAGAAGCCGGCGAGGAAGAUCCUGAAGAUAUCUGGCAAGAUCCCGGUCUCUUCACAACCCAACACACUUUCGAGAAUAAAUACAUAGUCAAGGCCACCGCAAAGGCCCAAAUCGACGAUGCGAUCGCAGAAGGAUAUGAUUUCUACCUCAUUUUCAUGUGGGGGACAAGAGAUGAUGCUAUCGCUGGAUUUGAAGCUAUUAAGUAUUUUGAGUCUCUUAAUUUACCGUCCGCCGGCGUUCGAAGUUUUGAGCGAGCACGCGACAAGUUCGAUUUCUUUGCAGAUGCGAAACGGCUAGGGAAUUUACCUAUCCCCGGCGACGAGAAAUUUCCUUUGUUUGUGAAGCCGGCUGCUGAUUAUGCGAGCAAGCUUAUUGACGAAAAUUCACUGGUUCGAAAUGAGGCGGAAUUGGAGGCUACAAUUAACAGGUUGAAUCCAAGAAUGCGGGCUCAACGACUCCGGCGGGCAGAAGCUCUUGGAGAGAAGGACCCGGAAGAAUAUGUGAAAUCCCUUGAAAAAGCUGGAAGGGAUGCUAGGGAUCUAGUUAUUCAAGAGUUUAUAGACGGCGACGAGUUUUCAGUCGUCGUGCUCGCUAUGGGAUAUGUUCCGGUGGCACUUACUCCCCUUGUCGUCAAGUAUGGCAAAAAGCAGAACGAAGCAGAGCAAUUUUUAACAUUUGAAGUUAAAUAUCACGAAGAUUCCGGCUAUGGUUUAUUGGAUGAAGAGAAAGAUCCGGGCUUAUACAAAGAACUUCAAGCGGUCGCAGUGAAGGCAUUCGAGGAAACCGGAGCGCAACCUAGUUAUAUGGGGUGUGAAGUCGAUUUUCGAGUUCGAAGGAGCGACAAGAAGCCGUUUAUCAUCGAAGUUGACCCUAUGCCUGUUUGGUUCUUCCCGACCGGGUCGAGGUAUGAGGAUUUAGAUGUCCAGCAUGAUUUCCCUGGGGGGCACAGAGCUGUUCUUAAUACGUUUAUUACGAAUUAUUACCUCGACCACCCCGAACAGAAAAGUAGAGAAAAAUCGGCAAAUGAUGGCGGCGAGAAUUUAUGGCAUAUUUCCGAUAUACCUAAGGAUAUAACAUCAUUCCAAUACAGCGGGAAAGUGCUGGAUCUUGAAUGUCGGGGCGUGGCGAUGCCCCAGAGACUAGAAGAGAGCGAGUUUAUUGGGGUGAAUGGUUCAGAAGAAACGAUUGAGUUAUGCAAGCAGAGUGGGCGUUAUGGUGAUCUAAUUCACAAAGAAAUUGUUCCAUUCCUAGCCCACUACAAUCAGAGAGUAGACCAUAUCCUCUUGCUUUCCAAAACUCAAUCACUAUCUGUGGAAGAGCUGGAUUUUGUCCUCGCAAGAUGUUUCCAGCUCGCAAAUCAUUCAAUCACUGUUUUUGCUCCUGAGAAGACCGAUGUUGCCUCUAAUAUCAAAUCCUUUGGGGAACCCCGCAACUGGCGGCUAACUUACAACAGAGCAUUCACUGCGCAUUCGCUAAAGGCCAGCACCACCAUAACAGCAUUUCGGUUCGAGCGAACGGCAAAGCCAGUGCAGUUUAUGGCAGAAGCGAGAGACUGA